AUGCAGUUCUCCAAGUUUGUAGCUUUGGCCUUCGCCAUUGUCCCUACAUCUCUAGCGGCCCCUGUCGAGACGAAACCACUGGCUACCAUCUAUAAAUUGGCCAACUUUGAAGGUUAUAUGCAACCGGUUGCCUCUACAGCUUCUGGAAUCUGCUCUUACAUGAUCCCCGACCAUAACAACCCUAUUGGCUCACUAAAAGUGACACCAGGAACCACCUGUCAAUUAUACAGGAGCCGCGGCUGUGGAGGGGAACCUCUUGACGAAGCUACCUCGGAUCGAGAAGACCUUGUAAAGGAUGGUCUUACGGUGUACGCAAUCAUAUGUUCUGCGACUUCUGCUUAG